AUCCAGCUCGUGCUGUUGACGUGGAGCCGCCUUUACCUUAGAUACCAGGAAGUGAUUGACGCACAGACGCACAGGAGGAGGAAACGCGCUUGCACACUUCAGAAAGGUUCAGCCCUGAGCAGCCUGUGAUGUUGAAAUGAAGCUUAAUGAAAAGAUUGUCACAUAUUUUGAAUCUUGUAACUCACCAAUAGACAAAGAGGGUUACCUGUACAAGAAGGGUGAGAUAAAGUCUUCCUAUCAGAAGCGUUGGUUCGUGCUAAAGGGCAACCUCCUCUUCUACAAGGACCGGCCAGCUGACCGGGACCUGACAGGAGUGAUUGUUCUGGAGGGCUGCACGGUCCAGCUGUGCGAGUCCGAGGAGCAGUUCGCCUUCUCGCUUGUGUGGAGCGAACCAGGGCUGCGAACGUACAAGUUUGCCGCUGAGGACCAGGCAAGUCAGGAGAGCUGGAUUAAAGCCCUGCUGUCAGCCAAUCACAAUUACCUGGCCCUGCUAAUGAUGGAUCUAGAGAAGAAGUACAAAGAUGCAUUAGGUGAGUUCUCCAGCGAACCAGCCAACCCUUUCGUCAUGCCAAAUUUCAACACAGCAGAAGCGGGAUAUCCUGCAGCCUCUUUGAACGCACAAAGUUCAGCACUCCCUUCGUAUUUAGCACCGGGUGUAGGAGCAGGACCUGGUUUGAGCUCCAAUCCGAUGCUUCAAGCUCCAACAGUUUCAUCCAAAUCAGCCAGUAAAAGAUCACCCAAACUGUGGCCCAAGAGGAAUGCAAAUGUGGUGCCUAUUAACACCCCUGCUCCGCCUUUGGGGGAGUGGUCAGGGGUCUGUUUCAGCACCAGGGAGGAAUUUAGCAAAUUGCACGAAGAUUUUGGAAAAGAGGUGAAGGAACUGAUUGCUGAUUGGUCAAAGAGGGGACGAGACGAUGAAGUUGUUCAGGAAGAAAACUUAAUAGAUUUUGGAUGAUGUGUGUAAUACCCAAAUUGAAUUUCAGCAACUGUGGUUGUAUUUCAAAGUACAUAUGUAAAUAGGAAUUACAACAAUUAUUGUUAUGUACGAUACAUUUGUAAAUUUUGUUGUUCAAGAGCAUACUGUUUAUUUUUUACCUUUUGUGCCAUGGAGUAAAUAAAAGAUCUAUGAUCUCUUGCUCUACUGA